AUUUAGGAAAGGGUCUCCGUUUUCUCGCCCAUUUUCCCCAGAUUGAGGGCUUGGCCGGUGCAGGACUGACUUCAUCUGUGCUUAGAGGCUAAGAAAAAUGGCAAAUAUGGAUAGUGAUUCUAGGCAUCUUCUCAUCCCUGAAGUAGAUCAUGAAAUAAAUCCUGGACCUAUGAAUAUCCAGUUUGAUUCAUCAGAUCUAAGAUCCAAAAGGCCUUUCUAUAUAGAGCCCACAAACAUCGUCAAUGUGAAUGAUGUCAUUCAGAGGGUUAGCGACCAUGCCUCUGCUAUGAACAAGAGGAUUCAUUACUACAGCCGGCUCACCGCUCCUGCAGACAAGGCACUGAUUGCUCCAGAUCAUGUAGUUCCAGCUCCAGAAGAGUGCUAUGUAUAUAGUCCAUUGGGUUCUGCUUAUAAACUCCAAAGUUACACUAAAGGAUAUGGUAAAAACACCAGUUUAGUAACCAUUUUUAUGAUUUGGAAUACCAUGAUGGGAACAUCUAUACUAAGUAUUCCUUGGGGCAUGAAACAGGCUGGCUUUACUACUGGAAUGUGUGUCAUCAUGCUGAUGGGCAUUUUAACACUUUAUUGCUGCUAUAGAGUAGUGAAAUCACGAGCUAUGAUAUCAUCAGUGGAUACCACUACCUGGGAAUAUCCAGAUGUCUGCAGAUAUUAUUUUGGCUCCUUUGGACAGUGGUCAAGUCUCCUUUUCUCUUUGGUGUCUCUUAUUGGAGCAAUGAUAGUUUAUUGGGUGCUUAUGUCUAAUUUUCUUUUUAAUACUGGAAAGUUUAUUUUUAAUUUUAUUCAUCACAUUAAUGACACAGAUGCUGUACUGAGUACCAAUGAUAGCAACCCGGUGAUUUGUCCAAGUGCUGGGAGUGGUGGCCACCCUGACAAUGGCUCUAUGAUUUUCUAUGCCAAUGACACGGGACUGCAGCAGUUUGAAAAGUGGUGGAAUAAGUCUAAGACAGUGCCCUUUUACCUCAUAGGGCUCCUGCUGCCACUGCUCAAUUUCAAAUCUCCUUCAUUUUUUUCAAAAUUUAAUAUCCUAGGCACAGUAUCUGUUCUCUAUUUGAUUUUCCUUGUCACCUUGAAGGCCAUUCGCUUGGGAUUUCAUUUGGAAUUUCAUUGGUUUAUGCAAACAGAAUAUUUUGUGCCAGAGAUAAGAUUUCAGUUUCCACAGCUGACUGGAGUGCUUACCCUUGCUUUCUUUAUUCAUAAUUGUAUUAUCACACUCUUGAAGAACAACAAGAAUCAAGAAAAUAAUGUGAGAGACUUGUCCAUUGCUUAUAUGCUGGUGACAUUAACCUACCUCUAUAUUGGAGUCCUGGUUUUUGCUUCAUUUCCUUCACCACCAUUAACCAAAGAUUGCAUAGAGCAGAAUUUUUUAGACAACUUCCCUAGCAGUGACGUCCUGUCCUUCAUUGCAAGGAUAUUCCUGCUGUUCCAGAUGAUGACUGUAUACCCACUCCUAGGCUAUUUGGCUCGAGUUCAGCUAUUGGGCCAUGUCUUCGGUGACAUUUAUCCUAGCAUUUUCCACGUGCUGAUUCUUAAUCUAAUUAUUGUGGGAGCUGGAGUAAUCAUGGCCUGUUUCUACCCAAACAUAGGAGGAAUCAUAAGGUAUUCAGGAGCAGCAUGUGGCCUGGCCUUUGUAUUCAUAUACCCAUCUCUCAUCUAUAUAAUUUCCCUCCACCAAGAAGACCGUCUGACAUGGCCGAAAUUAAUCUUUCACGUUUUCAUCAUCAUUUUGGGCCUGGCUAAUUUGAUUGUUCAGUUUUUUAUGUGA